AUAGAAAUGUUUUCGAUGGCUUUGUAUCACAAACAUUGGGGGCACUGGUGUCAAUCCGUGUCUUGCCACGCAAAUAGCACAACUCUGUUUAUUAAUGUUUUUGAUUUUUGUGUUUAUUUUAAAAUGACGAUUUUCCAAUAAUAAUAUGACUGUCUUUUCCGUGUAUGUGGUCAAUAAAGCUGGUGGCCUGGUUUUCCAAUAUGACCACCAGAAAACGUCAAUCGAAUUAGAGAAGACUUUCAGCUAUCCGUUGGAUUUAAAACUUGAGCCACAAACUGAUUAUGUCACUGUCGUUUUCGGGCAACAAGACGGCAUAAAAGUUGGCCACGUUAUUUUAUCAGUAAACGGGAAACCAGCAAAUGGAAGAAAGCUUCAAGAUGGUUCAGACGUGAUGGAGUUCAUAGAAAAUGAGAAGAAUUACCCUUUAAACAUACGUUUCGGACGACCAAAACUGUCAUCUAAUCAAAAAAUCAUGAUGGCAAGUAUGUUCCACUCAUUGUACGCCAUCAGUGUCCAGUUAUCGCCUGAAAGUGGCAGCUCUGGCAUCCAGAAGCUUGAAACUGACACAUUUACACUGCACUGCCAUCAAACUGUUACUGGGGUGAAGUUUAUUGUAAUUUCUGACCCCAAGCAGGUUGGAGUUGACAGUUUACUGGCAAGAUUAUACACCAUAUAUUCAGACUAUGCUCUUAAAAACCCAUUUUAUUCACUUGAAAUGCCAAUUCGAACCGAGCUUUUUGAUUCCCAGGUAGUUGCAGCAAUUGAACAAACAGAAAAAGUUGGAUCUGCUAUUUAAACUUAUUUGUACCGAUACAGCUGUGCAAUAAAUUUAUACUUUUCACUUAACCAAACAUAUUUUAAGCAUGUACCACUAAUAUUUAUACAGGUACAACAUGGAAAUUGCUUAAUAGGCAUCAUUUGAACUUUUUUACAACACAUGGAGAAUCCAUAGUUAAAGUUAUUGAUUUUUUAUCAUUUAUCAUUUGUUUUAAUAUUAUUUCCUGAUUAAUGUUUAACUUGAGAAUAUGCAAUGUAACUUUGCCUGCAACUCUCAAGCAAAUGCUAAAAAUUCAAGUUAUUGAACCAAACAUGAUAACUAUUCGCUAAUUUUUGGUAACUUUCCAGGGAGUUAAAAUCUUAAUAAAAUCAUUAAGUUCAUGUUAGCUCAGCUUAUCACUGCAUUUGCCUGUAUAUGCAACAAAAGUAGAAACUUUUUUGCUUAAUUUGACCAGUUUCAGUGUAGAAUUCAGGAGAUAAAUAUGAACGACAAUUACAAA